AUGAAGUUGUCUGUAGCAGUGAUCUUGUUGGUGUGUCUGGUGAUAGUAGCUAAGGCUACACCCAGCUCCGGACCCGUCUUGUAUCACGGCCCAGAUGAUGGAUACGACUACGGAUAUGAUAAUGAUAACUACGAUGGUGGAUACUACUACGAUGAUUAUGACUACAAUGAUAGAUACUACGGUAGAUAUAGAUACCCGUACAGGAGAUCAGGCCUAGGCCUCGGAGCGGGAUUAGGCCUGGGUAUCGGCAGCCAAUACUACUAG